AUGAGUUGUCCUGCAUGCGAAAAGCCUCUCUCUACUCGAGAUAUACGGCAAGUAGAGUUGAGUAAGGCUCAGGUUGAGGAGAAAACGAUGUGUUUGUGUGGCCUCCCACCUGAAGUAAUUCUUGAGGCAGCUCACAACGCUUUCAAGUUCUGGGACAAUCAGAGACAAGUUGAAAUCAAGUAUCAGGAAUUCCUACAAAAAGAUACCCUCAGCAAGGCAUCUCAAAUGGAAAAAUCGUACGCUGAGAGGCUCAAUGACACAAAACAAAAGCUUCAAACCGUUACAGAGAGGCUUCAAGUGACUGAGGAGCAAUACGAAUUGACGAAAAGGGAAUUUCAAAACAUUCAAGAAAAAUACUCGGAGAAGGUUAGAGAGAGAAACAAGCUUCAAGAGUUGUACAAUUCCCUCAAACGAAAAUAUGAGCAGAGUGGAUCUGGGCUGAGAUCAAGCUCUCCAAGCCUUAGUAACGAAUUGGAGAGCCACAGCAUUGUUUCUCCAUCAUCAAAUUACAAGGACAAUAAUCAGGAAAAUAUUGGACCUGGGAAUGGUAACCUUCUGUUCAAGAAUCAAGCACCACUACGUUCAUCAGCCACAAGUGGUCUAUUGGAUUUUAGAGUCUCCAAAACUUCUCCUAAUGCACUCGCUCAAAACUCGUCAACAAGCGGAGUUGCUGCACUCCUUAAAAGUAGUAGUGCUAUCAAUGCAGGCCUCAAUAAUACCAGCAAUGAGCACCGAUCUCCUCUUUUUGUCCUUGGAGGAUCAAACAAAAAUCAUGAUGGUAACAAUAAUGGAGAUAAUAAUUCUGGAAAGACUGCUUCAGGAUUUCUCUUUAACAGAAAUGAGGCACACAAGCUCUUGUAUACUCCUUUGAAGAGAUCUCGUCCAACAUCACCAAGAAAUCCAAUCCAACAAUUCAAUGGUGCAUUAUUGCCAUCCCGUAGAAGUCCAACUUCAAAAUAG